GCUGAGUUUCCAGACCGAUAAAACUUCCACCAAACUGAGUGAUGGCGGCCGUCGUGUCUGUUAGCACAGCUGCUGCCAGAGAUGAAACUACAGACACAGGGCUCAGUGUCGCCCCUCGCCCGCUUCACGAAAAUUACGACCUCGCUGCGGAUCACGAAAGCUGGAUGUCCGGAGACCGCCGGUACCCCGAACUCGGACCCGGCGAAGAGGACUCGGACCGCGAGUGUCAGCGGAGGGUCGACGAGGACUUGACAUCACUGAGCCCCGACGAGAUUGAGUGCCGCUUAGAGAGAACUCGCCGGGAGUUUUACAACCGUAGAAAAAUAAUAAUUAAAAACCUGCCCUCCGACGUUAAUAAUCAGGAGGUGCAUGAGCUCUUGGGCAACUAUGACCUGAAGUACUGCUUCGUUGACAAAUACAAAGGCACAGCGUUUGUGACACUGCUCAAUGGGGAACAGGCACAGUGUGCCAUCAAAGACUUCCACCAGCAUGUGCUACGGGACAGGGAGAUCUCUGUGCAGCUGCAGCCAACAGACGCUCUGCUAUGCAUCGCCAACCUGCCCCGCGCUUUCACCCAGCAGCAGUUUGAGGAGCUGGUGCGGCCCUUUGGGAACCUGGAGCGCUGCUUUCUGGUCUACAGCGCCUCCACGGGGCACUCCAAGGGUUAUGGCUUUGUGGAGUACAUGAAGAAGGACUCGGCUGCCAGAGCCAAGUCAGAGCUACUAGGAAAGCAGCUGGGCUCCCGCAUGCUGUAUGUCCACUGGACUGAAGUGGGCUCCCUCACAUAUCCGCUGCUGCACUCUAAAUGCCUGUGCGUGGACCGCCUGCCCCCGAGCCUGCUGACGGCCCAAGACCUCCGCAACGCCCUGGCUGACACCCAUGCACCAGUCUUCUGCCAGUUGGCUCAGGGACAAGAUGGAAGUUUCCGGCGGUUUGCGGUGUUGGAGUUUGCCUCAGCUGAGAUGGCCGAGGAGGCACAGCGACUCACUGAUGGCAGGCUGCUGGGCGGGACACACAUCAGGGUGUCCUUCUGUGCCCCAGGACCUCCUGGGAGAAGCAUGUUGGCUGCUCUGAUCGCUGCCCAAACCAUGGCUGUGAACAGGGGAAAAGGUCUCCUCCCUGAUCCCACAGCCAUGCAAAUACUUACAGGCCUCAAUAACCCCGCCACCCUCAAGAUGCUGCUCAACCCGCUGUCACAGGGACCCAAACAAGGCCUCCUCGGGGCAGCUCCCACGAUGCCCCUGCUGGCCAACCCCGCCCUCUCCGCCGCCCUGCUCCAGCUGCUCCUUCAGAACCAGGCCAAGGCGCAGCAGCAGGCAGGACUCAUCGGGGAGAAUCCUCUGGCUAAUCUGCCUGUCCAGCAGGGAGUCCAUCUGCUCGGAGACCUGCCCCAAGGUGGUGUAGUCUCAGGGCUUGGUCUCCAGGCAGAUCCUCUGGCCCCUCUGAAGCCAAUGCCACUUGGCAGAUCCCUGGCAAGGGAGCAGGAGUCUCCCACAGCAGCGUGCACCUUCCCCCAGACUUCCUCUCCCACCCUGCAGGGCAUCUCCAUGCCCCUGAUGGGUGGCAUGAUGGGAGCAGAUGGCCUCACAGCACAAGGGGUAUCCAUACUUGGAGAUCCUCCCAAAGAUGUGAACCAUCCCCAGAGUGCCUUCCUCAAUGUCAACAAUGUUUUUCCCUCAGGAGGAAGCUGCAGACCUCACCCCUAUAGGAAGAGGCCUACGCUAAGCAAUGUGUCCAACCAGCACACACACCAGAGCAUACAGCCAAAUUACAACCUGCGCUACCAGGACUCCUACAGCCCAGAAUAUCCUGCUCUACACCAGGAUCCUCUGGCCCACCUCUAUGAACAGCAGGAGAACCUUGAUACUGGAGCCUUGGCAGGAUUCGGUCAGCAGCUCUCUCAUCACCCCGACUACAGUGAGCGUUUUUCCCACUACGGUUAUCCUCCCAGCGAACCUCAUAUGUCCUCAUACUUCAGCUCAGGGCCUGAGGCCUCCAGUAACGGUAGCCUCCCAACCACCCAUCUCAACAGGGCUGUGGGAAUGCCUCCUGUGAGCCACACCACUAACUACCCCCCAGGCCUGGGGAACACUUCGAAGACUCCCAUUGGUAGCCACAAGCGUGUGUUCUCCCGGCUGAUCCCAUCUCCGGAGCCGAGCCCCGAGGGCGGCUACGUGGGCCAGCACUCCCAGGGCCUCGGUGGCCAUUAUGCAGACUCCUACCUGAAGCGAAAGCGUAUAUUCUAACUACAGCUGUAGGAGUAGCCAUACAACAGCCAGGACACAAUGGUCUGGUCUCUUCCAGUAAACUUUAUGGCGUGGUGGUCCUUGGAUUUGUCUCCUGUGUGCUCCUGUGAGUGACCCCUGGAGGGUGCCGGAGAGUGCAGCCUGUUGCUAACUGGACAGUUGUGUCACUCCAUGGGAAUUCUUGGUGCUUGUGUUUUUUUUCUGUUUUGUAUAUAUUAUUUUAGUGUGUUGGUAAAUUAAGUUUUUACUUCAUCUCAUUUUUUUAAUUUGACUUUUAAUUUCCUGUUGAAGAACUUGUACAGUGAGAAAAAAUGGUUAACUAGCAAAUGAAGUAUUAUUAUUUUUUUUUUAUAUUCCUGUGUUGAGUGUGGUGUAUCAGCAGAGCUACAGAUAGUGUGGCUAGUUUUCAAUGGCAGCCAUAGGCAGCGUUUUAUUAUGUUUGACAUCCCACUAAAGUGAUGCUGUCCACUAUUCAGCCAAAGGGACUUGCAUAGUGUUAAAACAAGCUUUACUUAAAAAGGCUCAAACUUUUAGAUGGCCUUCCUAAUUUCAUGUAAAAAGUUCAGUAGUUUGAGAUGUUUCUGUGUUGUUUCCCCUCCUUUCACAGGGUUGUAUAUUUUUCUCUAUGACUAUUUCUGGAUUCAGGCCGCUUCUCAUUGGUUAACAUGCAGCUUUCCAUCCACCAAUGACAGCUGUGUGUACCUGUGCGUGUUGUGAUGGUGAAGCUUUUUUUUUUUUUUUUUUUUUUUUUUUUUAAACCAUUCUGGCAUCUUUUCUCAAGCCGUAACUUUUCCACGUUGUUUCUUUUCCAUCCACACCCUCCAGCUUGUUUACGGAGUCUGUGUUCUACACUGGUUGUUGAGUGAUGCACUUGGAGGUCACGAAACUGAUCUGUUCUCACCUCUAUAAAAAAAAAACGCAAUUAUCAAGUCUCCUCUCACUCAUAUAUGUCCAGGAGUUUAAUAUUUUCUGUUUUUGUGAGUUCUGUUCUGCUAAAGUUAAAAUUUUUGAAUGUCUUAAGAGUCCAAACAUCACACCUCUGGUUGAGUUGGGCGGGUGGGGCGGUGGACAUGCGCUGUGUGCCAUCUCUGAGUCUGAGGGAGGUACCAAUGGAAGUGAGUGGCAGGUGAUUGGUCGGUGACAUGAGUCUUUUUCUUUUCUUUUUUUAAUUAUUAUCUGGUUGACAGUUUGAUUGUGAAAACCCAUUACCUCUGACUUCUGCUAGGAAAAGCAGCUACACUUGAGCCUUAACAGUGUUUUCUGUGAUAUCAUCCUGCCCUGUGUUGGCUUCCAUCUACAUUUUAUUUCUGUGUUAUUUGCUGUGUAAAUAGUUAAGCUUGAUCAUUUUUUCCUGAGUCCAACAUUUGUUUUCUUUAAUCAUACCUGCCUCCUGGUCUGGUGUUUUUGAAUGAAUUUGCUGCUCCUUGUGUUUUUUUUUUUUUUUUUCUCUUUUUCGUUGUUGUUUGCCCGUAUGCUUGAUGUGACCAAGAGUGGCGCCACAGCAGACCGCUCAUGUUGCGUAUGGACCAAGAGAUGCAGCCGUACUGUAUGAUGAUCAUUCAUUUUGAUCGAUUUGAUUCAAACUGCCAUCUUCACAUCUGUACCGCCAUGGUUGUCUCUGUAUGUGUGUGACGUGAGCAAGUAAAUGUUAUUUAAACUCA